AUACAUUUUGGAAAAAUACUUUAUACUUCAAUUAUUAUAUAUUGUUAACAUAUGAGUAACAUAUAACCCACCGUACGUACAACUCAUGUGAAAUCGGUACAUCACGAUGUUUAUUAUAUUAUAUUAUAAUCAGAUAUUACUACUGUUGUAAUAAACGAAAUUAUAACACAAAUAAUAUAUGAAAAUCAAACUAUCCACCAAUUCGACGUUACAAUAUCAAUGUAUUAUUAAAGUGAAACAUAACAAUUAUCAGUAAGUAGUAUGUCCCCAUAUAUCAAUAUGCAUAGAGCCACCUCAUUAGUAAAAACUGUUAAUUAGCUAUUAGGUCCCACCGAGUUAAUCCACCAGCGAUAUUAACAUGAAGUACGAUCAUAUAUAAACCCAACUGGUGUCGGUCAAAUGUAUCAGUCGUCUUCGAUCAAACUCCACAGAACAUAGUACAUAGUCAUACAUACAGGAGACUUACGAAUAAUCAAAAAUGGCAUACAAGAUGUUCUCCACCGGUCUAGUAGUGCUCGCCUUUAUCGGUAUGACCUUGUGUCAACAACAAUUGCAUCAAUUAACCACCGGUUUACCGUCACAAUACCAGCCAUCAUCCAUGUCACAAGGGUCCUACCCGGUGUCUUCGUCGGCUGUCCCACAGGCGCAUGGCAAAUACGGUGAAAUCGAAAGUCAAUCUGAAAAACUAUCGGCUCCAAUUAUGUCAGUCCCUCAACAAUCACAGGCUUACCAAAAUUUUGAACAACAACAGCAUUUUGCUCAAUCAUACCAGGCACCAUACGAAAACGCUGGAGCGCAGUACUCGAUCGGCGCACCAAACUCUUACCACAGCCCCCACGCUAGUCAACGGUACUACGUGCCAGACACUCAACAGUCAGCUGAACCUCAAUACAAUAAUAAGGAAUCGUAUCCGGCUGCCUUACCUGCAGUCAUCCCAGAACAAGUUCAACCCGAGUACAAACAACAAUUCAUCGCCCCGACUGAAAAUCAACAAGACAUUGCUUACACCAACGCUGCUCAUGCUCAAUACGAAUACAAACAACAGUUCGCCAACCUAGCUCAAGCUCAAGCAGAGUAUAAACAACAAUUUGCUGCUCUCGAACAGGCUCAACUCGAGUACAAACAACAAUUCGCUGAUCUCGCCCAAGCUCAACAAGAUCUUAAACAACAGUUCGCCGCACCAGCUCAGGCUCAACAAGAAUUGAAACAACAAUUUGCCGUGCUUGCACAAGCCCAACAAGAACAUCAGCAACAGUUUGCCGCUCUUAGCCAAGCUCAAAAAGAAUACAAAGAACAGUUCUCCGCUCUUAACGAGGCUCAACAAGAACUUAAACAACAGUUCGCUGCCCCAACUCAGGCUCAACUAGAGUACAAACAACAGUUCGCCGACCUUGCACAGGCUCAACUGGAGUUCAAAAAACAGUUUGCCGGACUCAUUCAGGCUCAACAAGAACUUAAACAGCAGUUAGUGGCCUCAGCUCAGGUCCAACAAGAAAACAAACAGCGGUCCAACGGUCCAGCUCAACCCAGACAAUACCAAGGCCGUCAAGAAUACAGACAACGAUUUUCCGCUCCAACGCCCGCCUAUCAAUACGUCCAAAAAUCAGCCACUGCCACCAGUCCAGUCAAUUACUCAAACGUCGCCCAGUACCCAGCCACCCAAUUCAAAGCACAAGCAACCGCAGUUGUUCGCCCGAAAGUCCAGUACGCCACCAUUCCACAACAAUACCAACAACAACAGUACUACUACACAAUUCCUGUCGCAGAAGUCGCCGUCACCGAACAGCCACGCGUCCAACAGACAACCGCAAGCCAAUCGUCGUCCGGAGUGAUCAUAUCUACCACACCAAUCCCGUCGGUGGUCUACAAAUCUGAACCAACACCAACAACUCAACAACUCAAAGUCGCUCAAAACAAUCUCAGAUCCAUCGUCGCUUAAAAGUCGCACUUAUUUACAGUACAUUAUAUUAUUUAUUAUAUUAUUUCGGCAUGUAUUUAGAGUAUAAGUAUUUAUUUUCAAGAAUAUUUCCGCACACUUCAACUGGCAGGUUUUUACUUUGCAAUGUGUUGUAAGUGUUAGCGCGUUUAUUCCAUUAAAAAAAAAAAAAAUUAUUCAUUAAAAUGUUUGUAUUU